AUGACGCGCGUGCUGCUCUUCCCCGGCGCCUGGUCUGGUAUCGCCAUGUUUUUCUACGGUCGCGUCGACUUUGCCAAACUGCUGCACAGAGACCUCUGGGUGGACAGCAUCGGCAUGACGUACUGGAGCGUCAAUAUCGGCAUGGGGAUGAUCCCGACGCUGGGCUCGCGCGAUCGGCUUCGCCAACGCGCGUUCUUCACAUCCGCCUGCAUCGUGUUCAUCGACCUCGGCUUCGGCAUGCUCAACAGCCUGCUGAUGUUCAUGGUGCGCGGGAACCUGGAGCAGCAGUCGGAGAUGAUGCGCCAGCAGCUGGAGGAGCUGGACGACGACUCGCAGGGCCUGGCCUUCGUCUCGUUCACCGCCAUCGUGGACUCGAUGCCGCGGCCGCAGUUCUGGGGCGUCCUCUACUUCGGAGCGAUGGUGGCGCAGAGCCUGGGCCGGGUGACCAUGACUGUCAUAUGCUGCGGACUGAACUUAAUCGACGCGGUGCCCCUCUUCAGACGCGUGCCGUUCGCGGCCACCGUGAUUGUCGCAUUUGCGCCCGGCUUAGCCUUCGCCGGCACGCGAAUAUACAGCAUGUUGAACGGGGUGAAGUGGUCGAUUGAUCCCCUGAUGCGCAUCCAGUGGACGUUGGCCACCCUGCUGUUCACGGUGAUCAUUGGCCUCAAGCUCUCCGCCAGCGCCUUUCUGGACGAGGUGCGAACCAAGCUGGGUCAGGACAUCGCCAGCUGGCGACAGUUUCUGCUCGUCAGCUGGCUGUUCAUAAGCCCGGUGAUGAUGGUGUUCGAGCUGAUGCGCCUGCUGGAGACGUACCGGUCGCCGCCGGUGUCGGCCGGCGCCCAGUGGACGGCCGCGUUUGGCUACAUCGCCGCCGCCGCGCCGCUGCUCGUCGCACUGGUCGUCACCGUUCGCGUCUGCCUCUCCACGCCGUUUAUGGCCCUGUGCCGCACGUCGGCCGAGUUCAGGCCGGACCCCCGCGCGCUGCACGAGCUGCACCACCGCCGCCCCAGCCGGCGUCACUCCAGCAUGCACCCCAGGGCUAGCUGGCGGGCGUCCAGCCUGGCGGGCGGCCGCGUGGCGCCUGGUGACUCGCAAGCGCACGUGCCGCGCGACUCCAAACUCCUGAUGACUGACUCUCUCGAAAGUGCAGGAAAACCAACGCGGUCACCUCCCUCGCAGCGCGCCUCGUACGACAAACAAAGUGACUCGUUUUACGACGAAGAUCUCUUCUGA